AUGCGCAGUGGGUCGGUUUGGCUGCUUGGCUUGGCUGGUGCGGCCUUGACCAACGCCUUGGCGUUGGAUAAGAGGGACUCUCCUGCCGUUCUUGCAGUUCCUGUCGUUCGUGGGAAGGCGCCGAGUCCGAGCCGCCUUUUGAAGCGGUCGGAGACUGUUGAUGUUGAAUUUGACUCCCAAGAUUCCGACGACACCAACUUCAAGUAUAAUGAUUCCGGUGUGAACAUCACUGGAGUAGCCUCCGACUCCCUCACAACCAACACCCUGAGCCUGGGAUACGGAAAUACAUCUUCCACCUCCCUCACCCAAGCGCUGGCCGACUCAGGCGCCAUCAACUCCCCAGCCUUCAUGAAUGGCUCGGGCCUCACCAAGGCCCUCCGCAUCAACAUAGACGAAAUAUUGAUCAACGAAACCGCCCAAGACGCAACCAGCUUCCCCCUCGACGUCGUGUUCGACACCGAGGUCGGAAUGACCUACGUCCCCAAGUCCGUCGCGCAAGCACUGAAUGCCAAAAUUGGUGCCACCAGAGUGCCAGAUGAGAUCGGCCAAGUCAAUUUCUCUUGCAGCUCCGUUAUUGAGACCAACACGAUGAUCGAGUUUAAGUUCGGAGACUUGGUCUACCAGUUCUGGAUUGAGAAUUUUAUCAGUGGGAACAGACACUCUGCGGGAAGCUAUGGGUAUAGUGACGAUCUUUGUUAUUUCACAAUCUGUGAGAAUCUGCAUCUUCAAGACGAGGGGAGCAUCAUUUUGGGCUCUAACUCUAUGAGCCUGAUCUAUGCUGUGUUUGAUCUUGAGAAUGAUGAGGUUUCGCUGGCGCUGCGGAAUGGAAAUGUCACUGCCGAUGAUAUUGUCGAGAUUAAGUCAGGCAAGGAUGGUGUCCCUGGAGCGAAGAAGAGCGAGGCUGAGUUCGCUAUGCAAUAG